UUGUUGGUUGAAAAAAUUGAUGAAAAAUAUGAUAGAAAAAAAUUCAGUGCGAGAAUUAUCAGUUAUUUGAGAAGGUUGCCUUUUUCUAUUAUCUCUAAUUUGUUUCUUUUUUGCGUGUGAAUUCUAUUUUAUAUUUUCUGCGUACAUAUUUAUUCGCAUUAUUUUGCACAAUCAACCCCACACACCGUUAUAACAAAAACAAUCAGGAAAUUAAGAAAAAAAAAAUACAACAAAAGUCAAGUUCAAUAAACAAUUAAAUAAAAAAAAAGUCGAAUAAAUUUGUUAUCUUAUAAAAAAAAUAGAAAAACAAGAAUAAUUAAACUACUGUUAUAUGUACUGAUAAAUGCUACAAAUAAAUAAAAAUUACCAACUUCUAAUCGGAAAUAAAAUGUGAAAGAAAAAAAGAAGAAACGAAAAAAGAACUUUUUUUUUUUUUAAUCCAGUUUCGACGACUUUUUUUUUCUUUUUUUUUGUUUGAUUUUGCAAGAAGAUAAUUGCCAUUUCCAAUUCGAAAUAGAAAAAAAAGCAUAAAUUAAUUAAAAAAGAAGAAAAAAAAACAAUGGAUAUUGUUGGACUGAUUAGAUCUUCGUAUCGUGAUUACGGAACAAUAUUUUCCGAUACGUGGAUUCAUUACAUAUCGCUGGAAAUUCGAACAACGGCAUUUUUAUGUAUAACCAUAGGCAUACUCACAUGCAUCUUUGUCGCUUGGUAUGUACUUUACAAGAGAUGGGCACGCAGCAAAGAACGUGACGCUUUAUUGCUAGCUCAAAAUGCCGACCUCAGUCGAUUGCGUUUUAGAAAACGUGACAAAAUGCUCUUCUACGGCAGACGCAUGUUGCGAAAAGUAAAAAAUGUCUCUGGCCAAGUAUACAAUGGUCAGGGUCGCAAACGAAAAGCUGUUAUGCGUUUCGCUAAGAAAAUUCUCCAAAUGCGUGGAGAAAAUAUGCCAAUGCAACUUAAAACUGUUGAGCCUCCAGCUGAGUAUCUGGAAGAAAUGAUGGAAGGUAGCGAUCGAGUACCUCCAGAUGCUCUCUAUAUGCUACAAAGCAUACGUAUAUUUGGUCACUUUGAGAAGCCCAUCUUCCUUAAGUUGUGCAAGCACACAGAAAUUCUUAAUUUAGAACCAAAUGAUUAUCUAUUUACGAUUGCCAAUGCUGAUGAUAGUGUUUUCAUUGUUCAAUCGGGUUGUAUACAUGUCUUCAUUAACAAUGCCGAUGGUAGUACAUUAUCUUUGAAGACAGUCAAGAAAGGAGAAUCCGUGACAUCAUUGCUGAGUUUUGUUGAUGUUCUGUCGGGCAAUCGGAGUUUUUAUAAAACCGUUUCAGCUAAAGCGGUCGAGAAGAGUCAAGUCAUUAGGCUACCUAUGAAAGCCUUUAAAGAAGUAUUUGACGAAAAUCCAGAUAUUAUGAUCCGAGUUAUUCAAGUUAUCAUGAUUCGUUUGCAACGUGUCAUCUUCACAGCUCUGCGUAACUAUUUGGGUCUCACAUCGGAACUGGUUCAGAAUAAUAUGCGAGGCAAGAAGAGUCAUGUGAAUGUGAAGACUUCGCCGGUGCACAAACGAUCGGAACACUUUCAACACACACUAUCGGAUUGCUUUGUGCCUCCGGACAUGCUUGCCGACUUGGGAGACCCACAGCAUUCGAAUGCAUUGGGUUUAGGUGCUAGUAACACUGCUAAUCGCCGUAGUUCGGUAUCAAAUACAGAGUCCAUUGACGUGAAAUUGGUGCAUGCAUCAGCUGUCACUAGUUUCCUUAAGGAACUUGGCCUAUGCGAAGAUGAUCGCGGCAUGUUGGAUGGAAUAGUUGAGGUGAGAGAAGUUGAAGCCGGUGCAACAAUUGUCUCUGAAGGCAGUAUAGAGGAAGUUAGCCUUUGCUUUGUUAUGACCGGCUGUCUUUCGGUUUAUCAGAAUGCCGCUGAAAUUCCCCGAGUUGCAAAGAAAAAAGAUCAAAAUGAGGUUUUCAUUCAUACAGUUCAUCCGGGAGAAGUUGUUGGAGGGCUUUGUGUGUUGACUGGAGAAGGAAGUGAUUACACCAUUCGAGCUAAACACCCCAGUCGAGUUGCACUUAUUUUGAGACCAGCUGUGUAUCAAAUAAUGCGUGAACGUCCAAACAUCGUUCUCGACAUGGCAAAUGGUGUAGUUCGACGCCUCUCACCCUUAGUACGCCAAUGUGAUUAUGCAUUGGAUUGGAUCUUCCUUGAAUCUGGUCGAGCAGUAUAUCGGCAAGAUGAAGUAAGCGACAGUACUUAUAUUGUCCUAAGUGGACGUAUGCGUUCAGUUAUAACCCAUUCAAGUGGCAAGAAAGAAAUUGUCGGUGAAUAUGGUAAAGGUGAUUUAGUAGGCAUCAUCGAGAUGAUAACUGAAACACCUCGAACUACAACUGUAAUGGCUGUACGUGAUACCGAGCUAGCAAAACUUCCCGAAGGACUUUUCAAUGCAAUAAAACUACGAUACCCAAUUGUAGUAUCGAAACUCAUAAGUCUUCUUAGUCAUAGAAUCUUAGGAAGCAUGCAAUCACGUACUGCAGGUUCGGCUCCUUUAGAAGCUAAUCCUGUCACACAUAAAUAUGCAACAGUUGCAUUGGUUCCGGUGAGUGAUGAUGUGCCUUUGACUGCAUUCACAUAUGAAAUUUAUCAUUCACUUUGUGCAAUUGGACCAACAUUGCGCUUAACAUCAGAAGUUGUAGCUAAACAACUUGGCUCUCACAUCCUAGAAGCUAGCAACGAAUACCGAAUGACUUCGUGGCUAGCCCAACAAGAAGACAGAAACAUAAUAACUUUGUAUCAGUGUGACUCGUCAUUGAGUCAAUGGACACAACGAUGCAUGCGUCAAGCCGAUGUCAUAUUGAUCGUCGGAAUUGGUGAUCGUUCACCGACUGUAUGCAAAUUUGAACGUGAGAUCGAUAGACUGGCAUUGAGAACCCAAAAAGAACUUGUUCUACUGCAUCCGGAAGCAACAAAUGCAAAACCAUUUAAUACUCUGCAAUGGCUCAAUGUGCGUCCCUGGGUUACAAAUCAUCAUCAUAUUCAGUGUCCUAAGAGAAUGUUUACAAGAACAAGUCAAUAUCGAAUUAAUGAUCUCUACGAUCGAGUUCUUAAAUCAGAACCAAAUAUGCAUUCCGAUUUUUCACGACUCGCUCGUUGGUUGACUGGUAAUUCGGUUGGUCUAGUUCUGGGCGGAGGUGGAGCACGUGGUGCUGCUCAUAUUGGCAUGUUAAAAGCUAUUCAAGAGGCUGGAAUUCCCAUUGACAUGGUUGGUGGAGUAAGCAUUGGUGCUCUUAUGGGAGGACUAUGGUGUGGUGAUAGGAAUAUCACAACAGUUACUCAAAAAGCUCGAGAAUGGUCAAAACAAAUGACAAAAUGGUUCCUUCAAUUAUUGGAUCUAACCUAUCCCAUCACAUCGAUGUUCUCUGGUCGAGAAUUUAAUAAAACUAUUCGAGGAACAUUUGGUGAGGUUUGCAUUGAAGACUUGUGGAUUCCAUUUUUCACUCUAACCACCGAUAUAACGGCAAGUUGUCAUCGAAUUCAUACAAAUGGGUGUAUGUGGCGCUACAUUCGUGCCAGCAUGAGCAUAGCUGGAGUAUUUCCUCCAUUUUGUGACUUCAAAGAUGGCCAUUUACUCCUAGACGGUUGCUACACAAACAAUGUUCCAGCUGACGUAAUGAGAAAUCAAGGAGCUGCACAUAUCAUUGCCGUAGAUGUAGGAUCUCAGGAUGACACUGAUUUGACAAAUUAUGGAGACGAUUUGUCCGGCUGGUGGUUGUUGUAUAAAAAAUGGAAUCCAUUUACAUCGCCUGUGAAAGUUCCCGACUUGCCUGAUAUUCAAUCUAGACUGGCUUAUGUCUCGUGUGUGAGACAAUUGGAGGAAGUGAAAAACUCUGAUUAUUGCGAAUACAUUCGACCACCGAUCGAUAAGUACAAAACUUUGGCAUUUGGUAGUUUCGAUGAGAUCCGUGAUGUUGGCUAUGUUCAUGGAAAGAAUUACUUUGAAAACAUGGCCAAAGCUGGACGAUUAGGUCGCUUCAAUCAAUGCAGCAAAGAACCACCAAAGAAACAAAGUCACUCGCUUAACGAGUACACAUUUAUCGAUCUCGCACAAAUUGUUUGCAAGCUUCCCGAAACCUACACCGAACAUAAUUUCCUUUAUAGCGAGGAUGAAGAAUUUGAUGGAUAUAUUUCAGAACCUUCCACAUUCCAUACGAAUGCGGAAUCAGCAAUGAGAAUCAAACGAACUGGAGGAUCUUUGUCGUUAUCAGAAAAUGAAAUGGAUUCUGAUUUAGAAAUGGAUCUAGGCAUUAAGCUGAAACGUGAUAAAUCACGCAGCUUAACGCAAACACCUAUAUCAGAUCCAAUGACGACUCCAUCCUCUGAUCAAAGUGACAGUUUUUCAAAAGGCAUUGCUGCGCAAUCAGAUGCAGCAGCGAGUACAAUCGAAGACCUUCCUUCUGACAACGAUCCAAAGGCGGCAAGCAGUUAGGUGUGAUAACAGGAACUCCUCUCCCAUUAUAAGCUACAUAAAUAUUUAACCUAGUUAGUAAUGAAACCGUUGUUAAGUUAAGAACGGUAUAGCGCGAUGACAGAAACAAAAAAGAACAAACGUGUAUGACGUAGACUUUAUUUUUUCAACAAAAUAUACAAAAUAGUUUAAUAUUAAAUAAAAAAUAAAAACUGGUAAUGUAAAUAUUUAGA